CCUAAAUCUUUUCUCUCUGUACUGUCUAGACGAAAAAAGGCGAUACCUGAGAAUCCUCCAUCUUCUUCCUUCGCCGGAUUCAUACAGGAAAACGACUAAGGGAAGAAUUUCAUAUAGCACUGUCAAGCAAGGGUGUUUUUAGACAGAAAAAUGUCAACAAUUGGUCUUACAUGGGAACCUAAUCUGACCAUGUUCAAAUCUUCUGGAACUAGUGCUGCAACUAGUUCUUCUACAAAGUCUGUGCCACAAAUUCCUAAACCCAAAACUGAGCUUAUCGAUGGACUAUAUGUUCCACCUGCUGAUCCAAAGUUGCGGAACAAAUUGGUUAAAAAAUCACUCAAAGACACCACUGGUAAACACUGGUUUGAUAUGCCGGCUCAAACUAUCACACCGGAGAUAAAGAAUGACUUCCAGAUUAUAAAGUUAAGGCAUGUGCUAGAUCCUAAGAGGCACUACAAGAAAGGUGAUUCAAAAUCGAAGGAGCUUCCAAAAUAUUUCCAGCUGGGUACGGUUGUGGAGUCUCCAACGGAGUUCUACGACAGGUUAACUAAGAAGGAGAGGAAGCGAAGCAUUGCAGAAGAAAUUCUUCACGAUAAUGCCUUAAAGAAAUACAGGAAACGUAAAGUUCGAGAAAUUGAGGAAAAGAAUAAUGUCCCUGGGGUUGACAAAUGGAAAAUUAAAGGAAAGCAGUCAUGGAAGCGAGCAAAACAAAGAAGGGGAGGCGACUGAUCACACAGUGUACACCUACAUGUAUUCUGGUAUGUGAUGUUGAUGGAGUUAGUUUUGGCGAUGAUGAUGAUGAUGAUCGAACCCCAUUUUUAACCACAGAUGUUUCAGAUUGAGAAAAAUAUCUGUGGUGUUGUUGUGGUUGUGGUUGGGGUUGUUGAGGUUGUUUCCUCUGUUCUGUUUUCCUGUAAAACUUUGGGUUAGGAUUAGAAGAAUAAUAAUAAGAAUUAGACGAUGGUUUUCUACUACGAGGUAUGGUGAUUGAUGCUGUUGAUGAUGGUACUCUCAUCAAACAAUCUUGAGGUCUUAAUAUCUCUGUUCCCAUCUUUCUUGAUAAUAAUCUAAGAAAAUGAAAAAAGAAAAGUAAAUAUAUAUUUUCUAUACAAAAUUUGCAGAGAUGCCUGUCUAGAAAACAGAGAGAAAGGAAGAAAGGGUUUUCUAAUGGUGUAUUCUGAAUUGAAUUAUGAACCCUGUUUCUUCUUCUUCUUCCUCUUUAAAGAUGUUUUUUUUCUUA